AUGGUGUUCAACAACGGGUCGGCGUCGAACGUGGCCGUCACGAACGACGAACCAUUAUGGAGACCGAUGGUUGCCUACGAGCAUGAUAAUGUUUGGUUGCGCUCCAACUCUCCAACAGAACAAACGCAAACAUUCCAGCUGGGCGGACGACAAAAGCGGCUGCCUCAAGUCAGGUCGACGCACAAGCUCGUGCCUCAAGGCAGAUCGAUACUUCCCCACAAGCACGGGGGUGUCCUCUGUUGGGAGCGGGAUGGCUUCGACGCCACCAGAGGGGUGUUGGUGGGGAGAUAA